AUGACAUCAGAAACAGGAUUAUUAACCUUAAUACAUAAGCUGCAAAACCCAAUUCCGCAGUUCGUAUUAGGAACUCUUCCAAUAUUGGCAAUAGUAGCAACAAAUCCUUAUAAAAGUUUAUUGGCAAAGCUAUUAUGGUUUGCAAGGUGUCUUGGAUCGCCUUUUUUUGGUUUAUUUUACUUUUGCAACAUAGAGUGCAAACCCAUAGAAAUGUGUUCGUACUGGCUUGAAGCAAAUAAUUUUAUCUGCACUAAGGAUGAUAAUGGCAUCAAAGUGGUCGAAGAAGGAGAAACUAAGGGCAUAAGACGUAUAAGACCUUUUGGGCAUUAUGCUCUGAUUAUUAAGCCUACAGAGUCGCAGGAAAAAGUUAUGAAUGAUUGGGUUUCAAAAGCAUCUUUAUUAGAUAGGUUGUCAUCAUUGUCUUCGUUAUAUUAUAUAUCGGUGGGCAUAUUCGCCGUAAUUUCUAAAGCAUUAAGUCCAUGCAUGGAUGAUGAUUCAGUAGAAGACUGGCCUUUUAUACCUUUGUUAUUCAUCUGGACGCUGCCGGCAAUUAACGUUAGAAUAAAGUAUGGGAAUGUAGUAACCAUGGUGGAUUCAGAACGCUUAAACGGUAAAAUAGAAAUAGUAAACGAUUUAAUUAAAAGAAAGACUAGCAGUAGUUUCACUGCGAUUAUUGCUCUUAUUUCAGUUUUACUUCCGUGGUUUGCAGUGAUUAUAGCUUAUUUUGUUCCUCCA